AUGCUGAAUAAGGUCAUGAGUGCGCCGCAGAACAUGCUGGUGAUGAUUGAGGAACCCGCCCUGGCUGGUGGGCCGGUCUGCCUGCCGGGUUUCCGGGUAUGCAAUAGUCGAUUUCGCAGGAGUUGCAGUCACAGGGGCAACAGGAGUCGGGUUCAUGGCUUGGUGGGAGGUUUGGCGAAGGGAAAAAGACGGCUACUGCCUCAGGUAGUGGAAGUAAAGCAGAGGUACUGGAGAGCUUUGAUACAAAUACAUUCAUAA